GUUUCGCUCGUCUAGCGAGGCACGCGCGCGUCAAUCUCGACACAAACACGUCGGAUUUCCUGCGACAGGAUAUCGAACUAGAGAGAAAAAAAAGCAAUAUUAGCAAGAUAAAAGACCGAUCAUGGACGCGGCCAUAAACGAACUGCGGCACAAGUUCGCCGAGGACCUCGAGGACAUACUCCAGUGCCCGAUCUGCUACGACUGGCUGACGGAGACGGUGCCGAUGUGCGCGCAGGGCCACCACGUCUGCGUCAAGUGUCUCGGCCACCUGCGCCGCUGUCCACUGUGCCAGGGCGACUUCAACGGUUCGCGCAGCUACCUCGCCGAGUCACUCGUGCAAAAGUUCAACGAUCUCAAACUGGCGUUGGUCAAUUACGACGAGAUGAGCAGCAGCUGCAACGACGUCGACGGCCAGGACUCGUCCACGGCCACGGACCAAGAUCACGACGGCCAACAGCUGGAUCGCAGCGCCAGCCAGGAGACCCAGACCGACGAGUCGUUUUCGUCGUCCGACGAGAGCCUGAACGAACCGCUGAGGCUCGCCCCGAGCGUGGGCACGGGUAAGUAUCCGUGUCGCAUCGGCGACUGCAGACAAGAGCUCGCCCACGGACGCAUGAUACCCCACAUCAAGUACUAUCAUCCCGAGGCCCUCAUAAUGGACAAGACGAACCGCGACUGCGGCUACGAGUUCCAGUGGACCCUGCUGUACGACCCGUCGACCACCUACAGUCAGGCGCUCGCCCUCACCAAGAUGGGCCUGUUCUUCUUCCGGCUGGCGAUCGGCCAGGAGGGCGAGGUGCGCGGCCACCUGCGCGUCGUCAAUACGCGGCUGCGCGCCGCCGAGUUCCGCUACACCCUCGAGAUCACCAACGGCCGCGACGCCAGCUCCUACACCGGACCGGUACUGGGCUGUAGGGGCACGAGAAUCAUGAAGAACACGCCGGGUUUGUUCGUCAAUCACUCGACGAUGACCUACAUCCGGAACGGUCGCAACAAGUUCUUCUGCAACUUGAAGCUCAAGCGUCUUUCGUACGACGAGAUGUUGAACGCCAUCAAGGGUGAUUAGGGAUAUGGAGAAAGCAAAAAAAAAA